AUGGCCGCGGGCUCCCUGCUGCACAGCCCGAUGGCCCGGCUGGACUUCCUCAAGGCCUCGCACUUCGCGCUGGGGCCUGACCCGCGGCUGCACGUGGGCGCCACGCACUCCACGAUGCAUCGAGACUUCCAGGCCUACCCUGGCGUCCCUCGCAAGCCGCGGUACCCGCCGCCGCCCGAGGCGUCCCUUUUCCAGCAGGACACGCGCUGGGCCAGCGAGGGGCGCGAGUCAGAGAUGCACUGCGCGUUCGCGCUGCCGCCCACGCCGUCGACCCGGCAGGAGAGGGCGCGGGCGCGGGCACACACGCUUGCCAUGGGGACCAGCCACCUGCACAUGCACGCGGACGCGUGCGCCCGCUCCUUCCUCUCUACCACGCGGGCCCACUUUGGUUGGCCUGAGGCACCGGCGCGCGCCAGCGAGCAGAUCCGAGGCGCGCGCCUCGUCUUCGAUCGCGGCUCAGUGCCGCCCGGGGACCCAGUCAAGCUGCGCAUCCCGCCCACCACGAACCAGGCACUGUUCCCGCAGCACGACACAUGCCCGCAGCCCCGCGCGUCCUGCAGGCACUUGGGGGGCCCCAACCCCCUCAAGUGGGACCACAGGAGACCAGAUGAUGGGACCUCCUACCAGAGACAGUUCCAGGCACUGCGAGGCCCACUUGCCUUGAUGUGUAAGAGGGACUCCUCCAGUGUGGUACUGGGAGACUUCAAGAUUGGCUAUGGGCCCAUGUGUUCAGAGCAGAAACAAGCUUACAGGCCUCAGGGUCUGCCCCUAGACAGGUAUGACAAGGCCCAGGCUUCCACUUACAUCCACUGUGUGAAUAUUCGUCCUGGAGAUGGUCUCUUCCAUGACAGGACUACCAAGGCCGAGCACUUCUGUGCCCAGAAACCAGAGCCUUUUUGUCUUCACCAUGACCAGACUCCAGAGUCGCACAUCUUGGAAGGAAAUCGGUGCCCGGGCCCAGGCAGCCUCACCACCUCCAUGCACUUCUUCUAUGGCCAGCUGCCACCUCCGACCAAGCCAUCCAGCCGCCACGUGCCUCAUGAGAAAUUGCAGGGUCACGUGACCCUAGGGGAGUCAAAGCUUCUGCGACAGUUCUUCCAGACUUCCAUGGGCACGGCCUAUUGCCCCCCUGACAGGCGACAUCCCCAUAAAGCCCCCAACCUUCAUUUGCUGCCUAGCAACCUGCCUGAGGGCACAGGCGAACCUGAUUUUCUAACCAUGAACCAGAAGAUGCUGAAACCGCACAGAACAGCUCCAGCCUCCAUGACUGAGGAGAUGCUACAGCGGUGCAAGUAUAGCCACAUAGAGCCCCCGCUGGGUAGACAGCACUUCUUCUCAACCCAACACAAGGACGAGUUUGCCUUCAAGUACCAGGGCCCAGCAGUGCUGAGAUCCGACAACUUCCAGGAGAGCCACGUGCCACUGGGCUCCCCUCACCAGUGGGGCUGCAAGGGUGGGAAGGUAAAACCGCAAGCCUUCCAGACCCCUAGCUACCCGUGA